AUGCAGAUGUUUAGGGCUAGGUCUCAGGCAACAAAGAGAGUUCAAGGUGAUUAUAAUGUUCAAUAUACAAUGCUUAGAGAUUACUGUGAAGAAUUGCUUAGGGCUAAUCCUGGUACAACAAUAAAAAUUGAGGUUGAGAAGGAGCCUAACCCACAUUCUCCAACAAGGCAGUUUAAAAGGAUAUACAUUUGUUUAGCUGGUUUAAAAAGGGGAUUUCAGAUAGCUGGUAGAAAUUUGUUGGGUCUAGAUGGAUGUUUCAUGAAGGGGCCUUAUCCAGGGCAGGUCUUAACUACAGUUGGUAUAGAUGCAAACAAUGGCAUCUACCCGGUAGCCUAUGCAUUGGUUGAGUCAGAAUCUAAAGCUUCAUGGACAUGGUUUUUGAUGUGCUUGGGAGAUGAUCUAGGGCUGGAUCCCAACUCAUAUUUCACCUUUAUAAGUGAUAGGCAGAAGGGUAUAAUACCAGCAAUAGAAAAGGUGUAUCCAAAGGCUGAACAUAGGUUCUGCCUAAGGCAUAUACAUGAGAAUAUGAAACCAAGAUGGAAGGGUGAUGUCUACAAAGAUUUGUUAUGGAGCUGUGCUAGUGUCCUUACACCAAGAGGUUGGGAAAAUGCAAUGAAGGCAGUUGAGGAAGAAGAUAAAGACUUACAUGACUGGUUGAAAGAAAUUCCUCCAAGGCAUUGGUCUAGAUCUCAUUUCAGUGGUAGGGAAAAGUGUGAUGUACUCCUGAACAAUCCGUGUGAGGUCUUCAAUAGGCAACUGGUGUAUGGUAGGGACAAACCUAUCAUCACUUGUCUUGAAUUCAUUAGGGAAUACCUAAUGAAAAAUAUUGUGGUUGUCAAAAAGCUAAUUGCCAAGUGUAAUGGUCCUUUAACACCUGCUGCUACUAGGAUCUUUGAUGCAAUCAAGUCUGAAGCCUCACAGUACACUUGCAUUUGGACUGGAGGAGCAAAGUAUCAGGUCAGUCAAGGGUUAGAUCAAAGGGUUGUUAAUCUUGGUGAAAGGACAUGCUCAUGCAGGAAAUGGGACCUUACUGGUAUGCCUUGCAAGCACGCAGUGGCUGCAAUCUGGAAUCAGGGUCUACAUGGAGGUGGGGAACCCAUACUAGAAAGGUGGGUUGAUCAAGCAUACUGGUAUGAAACAUGGAAGCUGGUUUAUGAGUGUACCAUUGAACCAAUCAAUGGUAUGGAUGAAUGGCCAAAGUCGAGAUGCCCCACCACUUUGUUACCUCCUAAACAUCAUAACCAGAUAGGCAGACCAAAGAAAAAAAGGAAGAAGUCAGUAGAGGAAUUAAGUCAAACACAGACCCAAACACAGAAUACUGAAGCAUCCAUUCCAGAAGCGGGAAAGUUGACCAGAAAGGGAAACACUGUAACCUGUGAGAUUUGCAAGGCAAGAGGCCACAACAAGAGGACAUGCAAGAAAAGACAGAAAAAACAAGAUGUAGAUGCAAGUCAAGAUGGUGCAAGUCAGGUUGGUGCAAGUCAAAGUGGUGCAGGUCCAAGUGAAAAUGUUGGUGCAAGUCAAAGUGGUGCAGUUUAG